GGGUAUUUGUGUUCUGGAGUCCUGAAGAGACAAGCCACAUCACGAUAAAUGGAGGAGAAUGAGCGAUGUAGGAGCAGAUCUCCGGCUCGAAGGGCCAGUCGGGUGCAGCAGGUGGUGGGAACAAUAAUACGACGCACCCGAGAGUCGCUUAGCAGAGAGCGGUUGCUAGGCGAUGGGAGGUCGCAGCGCUCCAACAGUCUGUCCAAUCAGAAUUUCCAGGCCAAGCUGACGCUGCAGAUUACCCGGGACCCGGUCCUAGACAGCAGCACUGGACAUGGCUUCACCCUCACCACAAACCCACCCCUGCUGGUCAGGGACGUCGCCACAGGGAGUCCUGCAGAUGGGAUACUGUUCCCAGGGGACCAGGUGCUGCAGAUUAAUGAUACAGUGCUGGAGGAUUUGAGCACCGAGCAGGUGGAAAACAUCUUAAGGGACUUGCAGGAUUGUAUCACUGUGACUAUCCUACGGCACAUGACAAAUCCCAAGUCAUCCAUCAUGUCGGCAGAGAAGAGAGCUCGUCUGAGGAGUAAUCCAGUUAAAGUGCGCUUUGCAGAGGAGGUGGUGGUCAACGGGCACACUCAGGGAAACUCUCUUCUCUUCCUGCCCAAUGUCCUAAAAGUCUAUUUAGAGAAUGGACAGACCAAGGCCUUCAAGUUUGAUAACACCACCACUGUCAAGGACAUUGUUCUGACUCUGAAGGAUAAACUGUCCAUCCGGGCCAUCGAGUACUUUGCCCUGGUGCUAGAGCAACAGUACAGCAUCACCAAACUCCUGCUGCUGCACGAAGACGAGUUCAUACAGAAGGUGGUGCAGAAAAAAGACUCCCAUGAUUACCGAUGUUUGUUCAGGGUGUGUUUCAUCCCCAGAGACCCCGUGGACCUGCUGCAGGAUGACCCUUCUACCUUUGAAUACCUAUUUUUGCAGAGUGUUGGGGACGUGCUGCAGGAGCGUUUUGCAGUGGAGAUGAAGUGUAACACUGCACUUCGCCUGGCAGCACUGCACAUGCACGAGAGACUAGACAGUUGUGGACAGACCAGGACCUCGAUCAAGAGUAUAACGAAGGAGUUUGGCCUUGACAGCUUCAUCUCUCCCACGCUGCUGAGCAACAUGAGGGAGAAGGACCUGAGGAAAGCCAUCAGCUACCACCUCAAAAAGAUCCAGUCCCUGCUGGAGCCACGCCAGAAGGUCAUAUCUGCUUCACAAGCUCGGUUGGCCUACCUCACUCAGCUGGGAGAGCUCAUUUCAUAUGGCGGACGGUCAUACACAGCUACAAUGAUGCUUCAAGACAGGGAGGUGCUGGUCAGCCUGCUGGUCGGGGCCAAAUAUGGAAUGAGUCAGAUCAUCAACCACAAGCUCAAUGUGAUCUCCACACUGGUCGAGUUCAGCAGCAUCAGCCGAGUGGAGUUGCUCUCAGAGUCGGACAAAGUCAGCCUACUGCGCAUCUCACUGCACGACAUGAAGCCAUUUGCCUUACUGAUGGACUCUCUGGCAGCCAAAGACUUAGGGUGUCUGCUGGGAGGCUACUGCAAACUCCUGGUGGAUCCCAGUGUCAAUGUCUUCCGUCUGGGGCGCCCAAAAGUGAGGGUGCACCGGAUUCCUGCUGAAGAAGGUGUGUGUGGGAGGUUCGCCGUAAUAGAGGGCGUGUGCUAUGAAUCCCUAUCAAGUUAUGUGUCUCGCUGCUGUAGUGACUCAGAUGACUCAACAGAUGAGGACGACCCGAUGGAUUCUCAGAAUUACAAACGUCCAGACCCUGCAAGUCAGGACUGGGAAGAAAGGAGGAGGGAGGAGGAAGAGAAGAGGAGAGAGGAAGAAAGAAAAGAGAGAGAGGAACACAAAGGCAAACAGGAAGUGAAGAUAAUUGUGACAACAGAAGGUAAGGAAAAUGAGGGCGAAGAGGAACGAGGAGCAACAGGAUGUGGUCUGCAUAAAUUUAGUAUUAUAGAUGAAGAAAUGAACCUGGAGACCACCUGGUACCACACUGACCCACGGGUCACCAGCAGCUUCUCCAGCUUGUCCAGCGGCUCUUUGAGUGCUGCACUGGAGGAGAGCAGUGCCGCUGCUAAAGCCCCAUCUCGCAUGGACGCACUCCGUGGACCACGCACAGCUGAGGACCUACAAAGCUUGGACGUUCACCACCCCUACCUCCUAGAGCCAAAACGCCGCCAGGGCCCUCUGCGACCCACCAACCUCAAUUACCGUGGAAAUGACAACUCUUGCCUUUGCUUUGCUGAGCUCUCCAAGGCUGAUUUCCUCCCUAGCCCGCCUGGGGCUACUACUGACGACGACGACGACGAUGACGAGGAGGAGGAGGAUGAGCACGGAGUGGAGGAACUCAGACGCAUUUCCAAGAUCCCUAGCUCAAGAGAUUUGAGAAUGAUUGACAGCAUACCCUUUCAAAGAUCACCAAUUAAAAGAAAGAAAAAGGUACCUCCCAAAGUCCCAAUGAGGACGAGUUCAAUUCCCGGGCACAAAGCAGAACAGGCUGAGCAGCGCCUCUCCAAGGACGAAGAGGGUCUAUUCCUGACCCCGUCACCCAACCCUAAACCAGCUCUUUUAGUCAAAGAGACUGUCUCAGAGUCUGAGGAUGAGUUUUUUGAUGCACAGGAGAGAUUUACUCCCCCAGUUCCUGAUCUAUCAGAUGCUGAACUGGCCGACCGGCGAAAUGCUAAUCGGUUGAGUGGAACCUGGAAUGGUGUUCCAGCUGCGCCAGGGAAAGAGCCAUCCCCACAAUCCUCUAAAAUAAAGAAGCAAGUGGAGACACUUAAAGGGACCACAAAUCAACUUACCAACCAACAGCCCAGUCCAACAAAGCCAUCACAGAAACCUGAAGUUAAAGUUAAACCACCACUGGCACCUAAGCCCCAGCUGCCUCCCAAACCUCAGAUCAUUCCUCCCAAGUCCCCCCAGCAUGGACGAUCAUAUGCCCACUGCAAUGGGGAUGCCUCUGGACGUCUGUCCUCUGAACUCCUGGAAAUGGAGCCGGACACCAUGGAGUUCAAGUCUGUCACAUCCGGGGCAGGUGGACUGCCUCUGUCAUCACCUUUGAUCACAGCAGUGAGGUGCAGCAAGCAACCCCUACAAAUCACAACACCACAACCUGAGGAAAAGACCAAGAGGCAAGAAAACAGCUCGAAACAGAAGAAAGAUGUGAUGCAUGAGAGUGGGGCACAUGUGGUUUCCAAAGACAAAGCAAACAUUCCUGAUGAAAAAGAAACUCCUCAAGUUGAAGGGAAAAGCAAUGGGACUAUCCUACCUGCAAAGAGGCCGCCGAACCUACCCCCUAUCCCUCACUCUAAUUCAGGUGAAAAGCUAGCUGUUCCCCCUCCAGUGCCCCCCAAACCCACUUCUCCCACCAAUCUCCACCCUUUGUCAAUACCUGCUAGCUCUCCUGUCUCCCCCACUGAUCCAAGCAAAGGGGUCUUCAAGGAUAGCGUUAGUCCGCCAAAUGGAAUCCACCCCUGGAGCAGCCGCAAUGGCAGCAUCCAGUCAGGACCACGGAGGGUCUCUCUGAGUCACGAGAGCCUCUCACCCAAAAAUACAGAUGCACCUCUUACCCUUACCACCUCCCUCACUUCAACCAACUCUAAAGGUGUUGGGGGCCUAGAAAGUAGAGAACCUGGAAGAUCUGGAUCAGGAUCAGACCUGAGGACCAGCUCGUCCAGCCUGGGAGGCAGGCUACCAGCCUCUGCCCUGAGAGGGAGGAUCCAGGCUCUGCCUUGGUACAUGACCCGUUCCCAGGAGAUUUUGGGAACUCUGGACUAUCCCUCCACAAGCUCCAUCAAUGGAGACACAUCUGGCUUUGGCUCUGGUUUGUCUGUAGCCAGUGGUUUAUCGGAUUUAAACAAAACUCCGGUCAAGGAAAAAGAGACAGUGGUUUCAAAAUCAGGAGGGAAAGGGAACAUUUUAGAGGAUGGAGCUGAGGUUGUCAUAGCCACCAUCAAAGAGGCCCAGGAUGUGACUUCACACAUGAAAAAGGCCAACGGGACAAACGGCUCACACCCUAAUCUGACUUUUAAAGAGAAUAGUUCGAACAGUGGCAGUGUUUCAUCGGAGCAGCCUCAGUCACGCCCCCACUCAGCAGUGGGGUUGGGAGGUGUGUCCAGUAUGCAAAUUGGAGGUGACUCACCAACCUCCUCACUCGCAGACAGUACUCCACCACAGCAGCACCGAGAGGCUUGUGGCUGCCGCACCGUUUACGCCAACUGUUUCAGCGGCGACACCGAGGAUGGUGUCAGUUUUGAUGAAGAGCUUACUGUUUACGAGUUCUCCCGCCGCACACGGCCCAAACCUGCCCGGCAGGCACCUGUCCCUUCUCCUACAACACCCCCUCCAAACCCCAACAUUUUGUCUCUGCUGAGAGACAACCCCCGCCCGCUCUCUACUUUCUCCACUGCCUCCUCUGAACUCAGUCCCCUAGUUUCACGUCCGGUUUCCCCCACAACGUCUUUCGGUGGUCCUCUUCGUUCUCUUACCAACAAGAAUUACGGUGGGCUGAAGGGGGGUUUUGCCUCCCUUCGCCAAGAUAUAGAUCAGCUUCUGCUAGUCUUAGAGAGAGGUGCACUUGGGCAACCACAACAUACAUUUUGUCCAGAUUCAAAGCAGGAUAUCACAGGCAUAAAAGUGGGGCCUGACCUAAAUCACAAUGGAACUGAAGACGGUACUACCCCAGAACCAGGCUCAAACUGUACUGGGACAAGCCCUACUGCCAUGACAGAGGCUGAGAGGAGUCUUCUCCAGGCAGAGGCUCGACGAUUGGCAUCCGGGUGUCAGCGGGCCACACGUGUAGGCUGGGCUCCCGAUGAAGCUCUACGUUCUUUAUCCAACAGCUUCAGCGCUUUGGUUCAGUUGUCUGCCGCUUGCCUGCGAACAAACCCCUGCUCUGGCUGUGACAUGUGCCAUAAUGCGAGCCUGGUCCACGGGGAUGAGGAUGAUGACAGUCAGGAGGCCAUGGACAAGCUAAAGGAGAUCGUGGGUCUGUACCGGGAGUUUGUUGGGGCUGUUGAGACAGCUGGAACUGGUGCUGGGGUUGGGGGUAAGAGUGUGGGCCUCAAUGGGUCUGGACAGGGUCAGGGGGAGAGUGACGGGGUGAGGCUACUGGCCAAACGCUGCACCGUGCUCAUCUCCUCUGUAUUCGCACUCACACAGCUCUUCCGGACACGCACACUAGACACCUCGAACACGCCCGGCCACGUACCUCUCAACUUUUGACCUGUGAACUUUUACCCACUAACUAACUCACUCACUCUGGACGUGAGACAAGAUGAAACAGCACAGAGCGAACUGGUGUGUAACCCCUGUGUUCCUGUACAGUAAGUGCCAUGCACACCACUGCACACAAACAUAAACCCACAUGACACAUACCCACAUGGAAACCACACGCACCAAACAAAACCCUAAACGAGGAGAGGAAACUUCAUUGCUUGGCCUCUUCUGGGAUGCAUAUGAACUAUGCAUUUGUACAUAUGAAUUUUAUAAUUAUCUUAUAAUUCUCUUAUUUUAUGAUACAAUAUGUGUAUGUAUGUAAGG